CCCUGGCUCUACUCGGCUGUGGCGGCGCUGAGGUACCCGAGUCAGGGGCUGCUUCGGAGCGGUCAUCGUUGGGUCCUUCGAUAGGUUUGGGAGGAAAGCCUUUCUGAGAACUUCACAGGGUUUGAAAGUCCUCAUUCCGGUGUGUUUUAAUACGUAAAAGUUUUAGUAUAGCAGUAUAAAGUGUUUCUCUUCUGAGGGGAAAAAGGAGAGGAAACCAUGAACGUGCAAAUCCUCUUCUGUGUGAGGAUUUGACCUGUGUAUGCAAACAACACAAAUAAUCUUACUUUACCACAUUCAAGAGGAAUAAAAAGCAGUUGUUUGUCAGGCAGUAAUUUGAAUUCUUAAUUCUCUGCAUUCCUUUACACAGUCAGCAGAUUUCAGUGCGUUGCUAACAAGUGUAUGUAUGGUUUUUAUAACAUGGAUAUCCAAUGUGUUGUGACUGGAGUUGAUCUUGAGGGUUUAGUUCCAACCUAGAUCGUUCCAUGACUGUGACCCUGCAGGGCAGCUUCUCUUAAAGGCUUUUGUCAGAAUGGGCUUUUGAGAGGACAGAGCCUCCCCUGUAAGGGAAUUUACUUUCUGCCACAGGAAUGAUUAAUCUGCCUUCUCAGUGUUUCUGCAAAACCGUGCUUGGGGAGUGUAUGGGAACUGCUGAGUCACGGCCUGAACCACUGAUUGAUCACCUGAGGCAAGUAAUGAGUCAGCCAGAGGAGCACAGGUGAAAGCAAUUCACCUGUGCUGCCGGAUGGGGUGUAGCCAGGCUCCACUCCUCCUAGCCCUAUUUAAGAGCUGGCUGCCAGUGGGGAAGGAUCUCUUUUGGAGAUCAGCUCUGCUGGAGUUUUGUAAGUGAGCCCAGGGUAGGGGUAAGCUUUCUAUCCAGUCUCUUUUUGUUAUCAUUAUCUGCUUUGCCAAACUCUCUUGUUUAUUUUGUAAUUAUAACAUCUUAAUAUUUGUUGAUUAUGCAGGGGAGCUGCUGUAUAUUUUAGCAGAGGGAAGAACGCUCUGCUCUACUGAACAGCACUCCUGAAGCAAGAGGAAAUUUAUUAUAUUAGUGGAAAAUGUUGGUGAUAAGCGGGUGGUUGGGCUGGAUGAUCUUAGAGGUCUUUUCCAACCUUGGUGAUACUAUGAUUCUAUGAAACAUACUGUUGCACGGAUAAUGGAGGAGAUGGCAUUUCCUGGCUUGAUCUCAGCGUUGGUGCUUUAGCGUAAGCUUCAUUUCUUAGAACUGGCUUUAAAAACCACUGAAAUGCAGCUAUCCCUAUUGUGGAAUGCAGUGGUUACUUAAAGGUAACUUUUAUGUAAUUGAGAAAGGCACGAAGGAAAGAAGUAAAAGUCACAAGGCAGAACCUGAUGACUCUGAAAUGUUUUCAAAGCUGGAAGCAUUCUGGAGUAAUUUGUGGUUCACUUUGUUCUUUAAAACAAAAUUUACCAUCCAUACAUUAGGAAGAUGAGAACAGACAGGUAGUGCCAGACUAUCUGCCUCUAAACGUGAUACUUUGUCUCCCUGCUUUUCACUUACAGUGAUACAAAAUGACGGUUGGUAUUUUUGGCAAUUAGAAUUCCUACGGAGCUUUGUUGCGUGUUUGUCUGGCAUUGUAGGACAACUAGCUUUUUGGUGUUUAUGGAACAGUUUCAUAUGGUUUGGAAUGUUUUAAUGCUUCUUGCAGCCUCCCCCUGCAAUGCAUACUGUGCGUAGCUCAGAGACUGCUCCCCAGGCUACAGGUCCACAACCUGCAGCAGAACUCUGUCAGCAUAAGCUGUACCAGAGGUGCUCCACAGCACCAGCAAGGAGCAACGCAGCAAAUACAUUUGAUUGCAGUAGAUUCUCUGGGAAGACAAAUACUAGCAGAUACUGCCUGAUACAGAAGGACUUCUAUCGCACGAAGGUGGCUCCUGAUGAUAGCAGAGACAUCAUCGCUUCUGCUCAGUCCAUCUUAGACAGAGAAAAUUACUUUGUGAGAGAGGUGGACAGGUAUUUGAGGCACCAGGAUUUCUUAAAUCUGAGAAAGAAGGAGAUCCUAUACAAGAAAUGGCUUGAGGAUGUUUCAGAGCCGCUGCUGUGGAAAAUUGAGGACAAAAUGGAUAGCCAGUCGAGAGAAGAAAUACAGAAGAGGAGGGAAGAACAACUGUCUCUCUAUUUAAACUACUGUAAAAAGAAGGGCUAUGUGGCUUUGGAAGCUUAUGACCCAUCAGAAUAUGACCCACUGUUCCUGAAGACGUGCACAGACUGCUGGAAGGUUUCAAUACCAGCUUUACAGGAUCCUCUGUUAAAAGCUGUUCAGAAAAAGUUUAUUGAGACAGGCAUCGUCAAACAGUGUGAGACAGGAAGACCAUGCUCUAUCAGAGAGCUGCAGGAACUGCCCCUGCUUCCCCUGGGCCGGCAGCGCAUGGAUGCGAUCGAGUGGCUGAAGGUUCCACACACCUACAUUGCUAGUGAGCUCCACAGAACAAAGAGUGACAAGAGCAUCAAAGCUCAGCUGGGAGCCGGAUGUCCUUGAAGCCGGCCCACUCUCUCCCCUGAGCC